AUGGCUGGGGAAGCGGAGAGUGUGGAAGCGGGCGUCCCCGCAGGAGUCCCGGAGCGCAGGGAAUACCUCUUCAAGGUGCUGGUCAUCGGGGAACUGGGGGUCGGCAAAACCAGCAUCAUCAAGCGCUACGUGCACCAGCUGUUCUCCCAGCACUACCGGGCCACCAUCGGUGUGGAUUUUGCUCUCAAAGUUAUAAACUGGGACACCAAGACUCUGGUCAGACUGCAGCUAUGGGACAUUGCAGGGGCUGUUCAUAGACCCACUAUUGCCGCAUCUUGGGCAGCGAAAGGUUUUGAGGCGUGUGUUCAGGCGUUAGAGGAAGAGCUGGCCAAGAAUAUUUCUGACAAUGCCAGACAAUACCUGUCUCGCAUUACCACUGCUUCCUAUUACAUUGAGGAGGAGUCCUCUGAGGCAGCCAAGGCAUCGACUACAUCUGUCCUUGCUCGCCGCAUUCUGUGGUUGAGGUCAUGGAAGGUGAACCUGGACUCCACAAAGACUUUGGAGAGUGGUGAGAAAGAUAAAGCAAGGGAAAUGUGUCUUGAUACUAAUAGAGCCGGCUUGGCCCAGAAGGCAUUGACAUCUGGAUCAACUGUAUUUGACGGCAUGGCUCUUGAAACCUCUGUCAUGAACUCAGGAGGAUUCUCACAACAGAGAAGAGAGCCAUAUCUGGAAUCACCUGAUGAUCGUACUUUGCUAGAAUCCACCAUUGCUUUGAAAAUUAAGGCCAUGUUUGUCUGA